UUACAAGAUAUCUGCUAAGGAAAGCCUGUGUUUCGGUGCGCAUGUAGUUACCGCUAGAAAUCAUUUUUCAGAUGGGAUAUGCUAAAUCAGGCCAAAAGGGAUGCGGCAUCCACUUACGUCAGUAUUCAAGAGCCUACAUUUUCGACGAUGGUACAAAAAGGGCAGCUUUUGUCACUGUGGACGCCUGUAUGAUGCAUCAUGGGAUCAAAAAAGCGGUUCUGAAGAAGCUUUCAAAAAAUUACGGUGACACAUACACGUUCUCGAACUUCAUCCUCAGCGGUACUCAUACCCAUAGUGCACCAGGAGGAUUUCUCAUGAACGUCAUGUAUGAUUUACCUAAUUUGGGAUUCAUCCAGGAGACCUUCGAAGCGUUAGUCAACGGCAUAGUCAGGUCGGUGCAAAGAGCACACGAAAGCAUGAUAGAAGCAGAGAUAUACUGGAACGACGGAGAAGUACAUGGCGCAAACAUAAACAGGAGUCCAGCCUCAUAUUUGUUCAACCCUGCAGAGGAAUUGAAAAGGUAUCAGACCAACGUGGAUAAAACGUUAACCCAAAUGAAGAUAGUGAGCAAGGCUGACAAUAAACCCAUCGGAGCUAUAAACUGGUUUGCCGUGCAUCCUACUUCUAUGAACAACACCAACUGCCUCAUUUCUUCCGACAACGUGGGAUAUGCUUCUAUUUUGUUGGAGACUAGCAUGGACUCAUCUUCACUGCCAGGAAAGAGCACAUUUGUCGGUGCCUUUGCCUCCACCAAUCUAGGAGACGUAUCUCCCAAUACAGCAGGUCCAAAAUGCGUCAACACAGGUCUGCCUUGCGAGGAAGUGAGAAGCACGUGCGGUGGUGAGGCUAAGAGUUGCAUUGCCUUUGGGCCAGGAAAGGACAUGUUCCAAAGCACGGAGAUUAUCGCCGGGAAGAUGUUCGAGAAAGCAAAGGAGCUGUUAGCAUCUAGUGGCACUGAAAUAACGGGAAGCAUCGGGUACAUCCACCAAUUUGUAGAAAUGGCGAAUGAAACCGCUACAGUUCAGUUGAAGAAUGGCACCGUGGUGAAGGUGAGAGGGUGCAAGCCAGCAAUGGGAUAUAGCUUCGCCGCUGGAACUACAGAUGGUCCUGGUGAAUUCGACUUCACGCAAGCAACGAAUACGACUAAUCCAUUCUGGAAUUUGGUGCGAGAUUUCAUCUUCCCGCCAAGCCCACAAGAUGUCGCUUGCCACGCACCCAAACCUAUUCUCAUCAUGUCCGGAGCGAUAAAAUUGCCGUACGAGUGGCAACCUGACGUCGUACCCACUCAGGUUGUAAAGAUAGGCAACGCUUUCCUCACAGCUGUACCGGGAGAACUCACCACCAUGUCUGGAAGACGGAUGAGGGACGCUGUCAGACAACAGGUUAUCGCCGAAGGAGGACCUUCAGAUCCCAAAGUUGUCGUAACGGGGCUAAGCAACAUGUAUUCUAGCUAUAUAGCUACACCAGAGGAGUAUCAGCUCCAGAGAUACGAAGGCGCCUCAACUAUUUUCGGACCACACACACUAACAAUAUACUUGAAAAAGUACAGACAGUUAGUAACAGCUAUGCUCAAGGGUACAAAAAUCGACGUAGGACCACUUCCGUACCAAUUCCCCAACCAGCUAAUUUCUCUAGUUCCUCCAGUGUUGUUCGACCUGGCAGGAUGGUUCAACAACUUUGGCGACUGCACUCAACAACCACCAGGCGUCGUACAUGUAGGAGAUACGGUUUCUGUUAAAUUCAUAUCCGGCCAUCCCCGGAACAAUUUGUUGCAGGAGGAUACCUUCCUGAAAGUGGAGAGACAAACGGACGACAAAAGUAAAUGGGAGGUAGUUGCUACGGAUUCCAGUUGGGAGACAAGAUUUGGCAGUUCUGCAGCUCUGCAGAACUUAAGAGCCAGCCGCCCCUGAUUUAUCUAAAAGAAUAAUUCUUCCAGUGAGCACGCUGACAUGUUUACCCAUAGGUAUGUAUUUAUGCAUAUAGAAUUCCAAGGAAACUAUAAUCAGCAUAACGGUAUUUCCGAAUAAUUCAGACAGUUGGAAUUGUAAACGGCGUACCUACAUGACAAAGCUUUUAAGCUUCUGAGUAUCUUUGGAGACAGAUUCAUGCAUAGUUGCCGAUAUGAAUAUAGAAUUUUGAGCACAAAUUUAAUGUCGUUUUUAGAGGUUUAAAGUAAUACUGAGAAAAGGAUAAUAGUAUGCAACUUCAUCAAUGACGGAUAUGCCUUCAG